AUGUAUCUCGCAGGCGAGGCGCAAGAGCGUUGGCAUAACCUAUACUCCAUUGAUGAUGUGGAAAAUGGAUACACCUACGCUGAUUUCAAGGACUUCGUGCGUGACGCAGUCGGCGAUCCUGUGAACCGCAUGCUUAGCGUCACCUUGGAGUACGACAAGAUUCGGCAGCGCGAGGGACAAACUGUCCAGCAGUUCGCUACAGAGUUGGAUACUUUGGAAGAUCAACUCGGAGACUAUAGCGAGCCACAGAGGGUGCGCCAUCUCCUCGCAAAGCUCCAGCCUGCGCUACGCCCUGCUAUUGUGAAGUAUCACGAGAUCCCCAAGACCCGUCAAGAGCUAGUAACGCUAGCCACGAGGAUCGAGAGCACCGAUCAGUCUGCGCACAGCAAGCGCCAACUCGGCGACCCGUCGUCUCAACGCCCUCCUAAAAAGAACAAGCACAUGCCGCUCGAAGCACCUGUGGGACGAAAACAAACCGCAGGCGACACGCAGGGUCGAAGCAGGGAAGGAGGAAAAAAACUCCACCCGUCUAGCGAAGGCUCGCAGCUAGACGGGGCAUCAAAAGUCGACUGCAGGCAAGCGACGCCCUUGCGCGGCGCAGUCGAGACGAAGGCGGGCAUGAAAGAUAUGUACUUCCUUCUCGACGAUGGAGCAGAUGUCAACGUGAUCCCGCAGCGGCUUGCACUACAACAUCAGCUGCCGCGCUUGAGCCACGCAGCCUUGCCGAAGGUCAACUCCUUCGCAGGGCAGCAGAGCUUCUGCUAUGGAGCAUAUUACGCACGCGUGCGCCUCACAGACUCUGCAGGCGUCGAGCGCACUACAGGAGCAACGUUCUAUUCGUUCGACACAGCGGAAGACGUAUGCAUUUUAGGAAGGCCAUGGCGUCACCGCCAGGCUGUCCUGAUGGAUAGUAGCACUAACAGCUGGACCUACAGUACCCAGUCGCAGGCGGCGCGCUUGCGCGAACCAUAG